AUGAGUUAUUUACGUAUGCUUGUCCUCCUAAAGAGUAUUCAGAGUGUUUAUAUUGCAGAUCGAGUGUCUGAAGUACGAAAGGAGGCUGUUCAUCUACUAUCCCAAAUCCUUGCUCGGCUUGUUGAUUAUGAAUGGUCAAACAUAACUACCAAGCAAGAAUCUAGUGUAGAUGCUCCAUCCGGGGCAACAUUAACAGAGCUUUUCGUACACGAUCUAGUUAGUGAUGUCAUCAAUGUGCGAAUAGCUGUAUGCCGUGCCCUUUCACUUUGUGACUCUACAGUACAGUCGGAUGCCAUUGCUAGUGAUUCGAGAGGCCAAUCUCCCUUGACAGUUGAAACCGUCUUGGAACGUUUAGCAGAAGAUUCUGACAUGGAUGUGGCGCGAGCAGCUCGUCAAGCGAUGGGACGAACCAUUGGCAGUGAAACUGUCGACAUCUCUAUGCGAGGAUUCCGCAUCCGAGAAAAAGAAAAUUCGUUACUUGAUGCGCAAAUGAUCGAUAACUAUGAGGAAGACGAUAUGAGCUUAUGUUCCGAUUACGCAACUAGUGAGACGUCGAUUCGCUCCACGCAAUUAGCGCACCACGAGUAG